AUGGCAAAUGAGGUGAGUCAUUGGAAUUUCUUUCAACUCCCACCUUUCUUCACAUUGCAACCAGCUCCUGCGGCAUUUGAGCGGCAGGUGACCCUUUGGGGGAAUCUUAUUAUGGAUCACGCAGUGUUUCACACACCAUUGACGAAACCCGGUGUAUGUUCAUUCUUGCGUCUUUACAAGAGUACUAGUGACGUAUUUCGAAAUCAAUCACUUAAUCGAAGACUUGCACCAAAUUCAGCAGGCCAAAUGCUGGAAGCCCUUGCAAUCCAGCAACCAAAUCAUACGGCCCUCAUAUCGAGUGGUGACAAGAAGGAAGUUGCCCUUCUAGUAGCUUCUAAUUUGGGUGGUUUUAAAGAAAUUGAACAAUCUCUACUUUCGUGGAUUCUUGAUAGAGGUGCUGGGACUACCACUGCUCAUCUAGCACAGUCAGGUGUAGUUAUGACAUUUGAUGAAUUAGCUUCUAGUAAUUGCCUGACAUACAAGCGAGAUCAUGACCCUGUAAUGGGUAGAAUUUCCCACGAGACUUCAAUACCAGUUGAGGAUGUAGCGACAUUGUCUGAUGAGCAGGCAAUUCGUACACUUUUACAGGCGCUUAAAAAUCGGCCUGUAUCGCUGCUUCGACCUUUCCGUAUUACGUUCUUCAAUCUUGACGGAAGUGAGAGAGAGCCUUAUGAAGGUGUAAAAUUUGGUGGAGCUACAAUGGCUUGA